AUGGCCGCCAACGACGUUCGAGGAUGGGUGAUGAGCGCCGUCUCAGGCGUCGCCUGUGUCCUCGGUUCGGCCAUCAUCUGUGUCGAUAUCAUCGUGCGCCACAUCACCCGUGAUAAAAAGUUUCAGAUUGCCAACAGCAACAACUUUUUGUCCGCCUCUCUGUGCCUCAGUGCUGGCGUGAUGCUGUUUACGUCCUUGUAUAGCAUGUUGCCCACCUCCAAAGAGUACCUGACUCGAGCGGGAUUUUCCCCCUCCAUAUCUGCCUACAUCUUGACGGGCUUGUUUAUUGCGGGUGUGGUGGUGAUCCGUAUUGCCUCUAACUUCAUUCAUCGCUUCAUUCCGUCGCAUGUCGUCGAUUGUGCUCACACUCAUGACGGACCGGAGACCGAUCCUGAACGCGGCCAACAAAUGCAAGACUGCGACGAUACGCCUUCUCACCCCAACACCAAUGGAGUAACCGAACAGACACCUCUGUUGCGCCCCUCUGGAUUAUACUCCUCCAAGUCAACGUCACACGCGACCCCGCGGGUGAAUCGUGCCUCAAGCCUGAGGCAACGAGAAUCUCUGAGGGCGUCGAUCUCGCGGCGUCUGAGUUCUCUCAUCGGCGGCGUCAAGCACCGCUGCGACGAGAACGGGCCCUGUUAUGGUGUCUCUCAGACGUGUGGUCAGGAAUGCACCAAGAUCCUUGUCCCAACUCUCACUUCGUUCCCGGCUGCCAACGCAGACUCGGGGUCUCGCCCCCAGCUGACCCCGUCGCGACACAGUAUCGACGUCCAAUUGGACUCGGAGCAUUCGACUGAAUCUAGACCGGGCCAUGUGAGCCAUAUCCACGCAGUCGCAGCCAAUGACGAGGAAUACGUUCAACAUGUACAACCACAAUUGCUCGAUACUCCCACGUCAGCUUCGUCUACCCCUCCACUGAUCCAAAGACCGGCCGCAGAACAUUCGCAUCAUGUCCACAGAGCUUCUGACAACCAAACCUCCCACCAUGACCAUGAAUCCCAGGGGAACCCCGAGCACGAUUUUGGAGACGGACAAUCCACAAAAGCCGCUGUCGAUUCCACUCACCACCACCACGUGCCGCAAAAUGCCUUUCUCUCCAUUGGCUUACAGACUUCGCUUGCCAUUGCCCUGCAUAAGCUUCCCGAGGGCUUCAUCACUUUUGCGACCAAUCACGCUAGCCCCACGCUCGGAUUGACCGUGUUCCUGGCGCUCUUCAUCCACAACAUCGUCGAGGGGUUCGCCAUGGCAUUGCCCUUGUAUCUUGCCCUCAACUCACGAUGGAAGGCCAUGUUCUGGUCCAGUAUCUUGGGCGGGAUCAGUCAACCCGCCGGGGCCGGUCUUGCUGCCCUGUGGUUCUGGAGCUCGGGACACCGGGGACCCGACUCUGUUGGCCCAUCGUGGGGGGUCUACGGUGGUAUGUUUGCUGUGACUGCCGGCGUGAUGACUUCGGUUGCGCUGCAGCUGUUCAGCGAAGGUCUGGGCUUGACGCACCAUCGGAAUAUGGGAAUGGCUUUUGCCGUGGUGGGCAUGGGACUGAUGGGUUUCAGUUUUGCAUUGACGGCAUGA